AUGCACAAAGUCCCUAUGCACUCCUGGGAUCACGAUGCUGGCAAUCCGGGGAGAGAAAAGUGCACGAUGUUCCUGGAAAAUGGAAUCAGUUUCCUUCAGGCCAUGGCGGUGGUGGCAUUGACCAAGAUAUUUGAUGUCCUGGGCUUGGUGAUCCGCAUGCAGUACCAAAACCAGUCCAUCCUCCAGGAGAGGGCCGAGAGACAGAGCAGGGUCGGGGGUCGCCCAGCCAGGACGGACAGGAGGACGGACAGGAGGACGGACAGGAGGACGGAAGAGCCCCAUCAGGUGCAGAGUGCACUCUACUGGGAGCUGAGCUGCAAAUCCUGCUCUCAAAAGGCUUUCAGGAUUCGGGGACGCCAAAUCGGGAGUGUCUCCAGGAGCCUUUCAGACCAUAUAGGCGUGAGCGUGAACAACACCUCUGCAGUCCCGGCUGCCCCCACUGUGGUGACAGAGACAGCCGGAAGCGUCUAUGAGCUGGUGGGCAGACCCCGGUUGGACUGGUGGCAGGCGGCCCACUACUGUGAACAGCGCUUUGCCCAGCUGGUGCCCGAGACCCAGGCCAAGCUGCAAACUGUCCCAGCCCUGGUGUUCUCUGGCAAAACAGCCACACGGUAUGCACGGGUGCUGGUUGAUUUUCCCGAGCUGCCCGCAGUGACUGCCUGUGCCCAUAUCCAGUGGGACACAUCCUCGCAGGAGGUGGCCACCGUCUUCUCCUAUGCGGCUCCAGCCUUCAACAACGAGCUGCAGCUGCGGGGCUUCACUGACCAGGCUGGCUCCGUCUGCCUCGCCCUCAUCGUCCACGGGCACCACUCCCCCUACCUACCCACUUUCCGCCGAUAUGGGCACUGGCACCACGUCUGCCUCACCUGGGAGCAGCGGGGAGGGAGCUGGGCCUUGUUCGCCGACGGGAAACGCCAGGCGGAGGCAGAGGGGCUGUCGGCCAACCAGCCCAUCUAUGCCCAGGGUGCCUUCAUUGUUGGACAGGACCAGGACUCCCUGGGAGGCAGCUUCUGGGAGACAGAAUCCUUUAGCGGCAAUAUCACUGACCUUCAUAUCUGGGGGAGGGUCCUCGAUGAGGCCCAGCUGGAGAGGGUGUGGGCAUGUGUGGUCCCCGAAAGGGAGCUUAUAUUCCGCUGGGACAGCCGGGCACUGGAGAUCAAGGCCACCAUGCGGGAGAUGUUGGUCCAGCUUGUGUGCCCAGGUCCCAUGGAGGAAUGCCCAGUGCUGGAUGCGGUCAACGGAGAGCCUGGCUUUGUAGUGUGCCUGAAGCCCCUGCCCUUCAUCUGCAGGUACCAGAAAGGAGGGGGCGCUAACAAUCUAGACAAUGGGAUAAUUGAAGAAUUGCAGCAGCAGAUUUUCCCUGUCCACCAGUCCACCAGGCCCAUGGUCAACCCUCAUCACCCCUCAAACAACUGGCAAUCUUCCCAAGAGGCCCAAGACGACAAACGCUCUUUGUUUUCAGACAUGUUCCUCCCCCUGAAGCACUUUCAGUCACCAUUCGGCAGAGCAUUCAUCAGGAGGGUGAAUUCCCUGGCUAACGCCACGGUGUUGCUGGAAGACAUUUUCUCAGACGGCAGUGGGAUCCUGGGUGCGAUGGAUGCUAUAAACUUCCUGGGUGUCCUGCAGCACGUUCUGGAGGGCAAGGGGAAGCAGCAACAACAGCAGGAGGAGGAGGAAGGAGGGAAGGAACCAGUCCUCCUGCAGUCAGCAGACCUACUCUCUGUGGUGCAGUUCCUGAAGAGAGUGUCAGGCAUCAAGGUGGAAGGGCAAGAGUCCCCAGAGACGUCAGAACGGCUGAGCCAACGCUUCGUGGCUGUAGUCAGCCUGGUUUUGGCAGAACAGAACACAGCGAAGUGGCUGGAAAUCAGUGAGCCCUGCAUCACCAUCUAUGUCACCCUGCUCUCUCAACAGGCGUUUGGCAAAGAUGAGCCCAAGACAGUGAUUGUCCAAGGCCCGAUGAUCCUGGUGGAGAGCAUGACCCGGCUUGUGUCCAACCGGAGCCCCUUACUCAUGGCUGAGGGGGCAAAGAUCACUGUCCAGCACCAGGACGUGGGUUACUCUAGAGUCACGGUGAUCAACACCUGGUUUGGCUAUGGGGCCCUCCAGCGCUGCCUGGGCCAGAUUGACCACAGGGUCAUGGGGCAGAGCAUCUCCGUGUCAGAUGCAUCAGUGUCCCCUCCUUCUGGGGGGUGCCCCAAGGCCCAGAUGAAGGAACCUGUCCCCCUUCUCCCCAUCAUGUCCUCCGGUGGGGUCUCCCGGCCCUCCUGGUUUUUAUCCAGCCCAAACGCUGGAGGAGCCUGGUCCAGCGCAGGCUGCUCCAUGGAGGUAGCUCACCAGGACUCCACCUCCUGCUCCUGCAACCACAGCACCAACUUUACUGUUCUGCUCCAGGUGUAUGAGGUUCAGAGGAGCUUGGAAGAGGAGGCGAUGCUAAAGACCUUGACUUUCAUUGGCUGUGGAGUGUCAUUCUGUGCUUUAAUCGUCACCUUUGUCCUCUUCCUGGCUGUGGGCAUCCCUAAAUCCAAGCGGACCACUGUGCACAAGAAUCUCAUCUUCGCUUUGGCGGAGGCAGAGGCCCUGCUCAUGUUCACUGAGUGGGCAAAAAACAAUGAGGUGGCGUGCUUCACUGUUACGGCAUUGCUGCAUCUAUUCUUCCUGGCCGCUUUCGCUUGGAUGCUGGUGGAGGGACUACUGCUGUGGAGCAAAGUUGUGGCUGUCAACAUGAGCGAGGACAGGCGUAUGGUGUUCUACUAUGUGACGGGAUGGGGCCUGCCAGUGAUCAUUGUGGGGAUCACCCUGACCACCUCCUUUAACGAGUAUGUGGCGGACACCCACUGCUGGCUGAACAUACAGACCGACAUCAUCUGGGCAUUUGUUGGGCCUGUUCUGUUUGUACUUAUGGUGAAUGCCUUCAUCUUGAUUCGAGUGGUGGUGAUCACCGUAUCCAGUGCCCGGAGCCGGUCCAGGAUGCUGACCCCCAAAUACAACUUGGAGAAGCAGAUCGGCAUCCAGAUAUGGGCCACUGCCAAGCCAGUGCUAGUUCUGCUGCCGGUACUGGGGCUGACAUGGCUGUGUGGCAUGUUGGUGCACAUCAGUGUGGCCUGGGCCUACAUGUUCAUUACUCUCAAAUCCUUCCAGGCAAGGAGCCUCUCGGAAUCUGCCAGGAAGGAGAGCAGCUCGCUGGAAGUCAGGAAUGCUAUCCAGAGGAUAAAGGAGAAGAAGAAAGCACUCUCAUUCACGAACUGUUCCCACCCUGUAAACUACUUGACCAGCCCGAGGAACACGACCUUCUGGGAAAUGGCGAAGGCCAGCCCCUCCACUCCUACCAGCCUGAGCCCUGGCACUGGCCCCCAGGGCCCCGGUCCAAAGAACAUCACCCACAAAGGUACAAAAAAAAGCAGCAACCCCUUUGGGCUAUUGGGCCACUGGUCCCAGGUCAAGGACCGGAAUGCAGCCCAACUUCCAGCAUCAAGUUGCAUCUGGUGCCAGGGGCUUUCCAAAAUGUCAAGGCCAGCAGAUAGCAGCCCAGAUGGCAUCAAUUUCCUGCAGCCUUAA